GAUGUCCAGAGAGACACUCAGUGUUACGUAACAUUUCCUUGUUGGGAAUUUUUCCGCCUCUGCCUCGUACAACCCGCAGCCAAAUAACAUGAGACGGACCAUGCCUGCAGGAGCAAACUGAGUUUACAGAGGGUCCUUUUAAACAUUUUCAUCAUGAUUUUUCAAGCCCUUUUUGAGUGUAUGGACUUCACUAGUUGGCUGUUGAUCAGUUUUAUAGUGUUACUCCUGACAGAUGUGAUCAGAAACUGGAGACCAAACAGCUUUCCCCCUGGACCAUGGGCUGCGCCUUUUCUAGGAAAUGUCUUGAUAGGACUUGACUUCAAAGCAAUGGAGAAGCUCUCUCAGGAGUAUGGUCCAGUGUUCAGCUUGAGGAUAGGCAGCCAGAGGAUGGUGUUUGUUUCCGGGUACAAGAUGGUCAAAGAGGCUCUUGUUAUCCAGCUGGACAGCUUUAUUGAUAGACCUAUUAUUCCUCUUUUCCAUGCUGUCUUUAAGGGGAUUGGUAUAGCUUUGAGCAAUGGGUACUUGUGGAAAAAGCAAAGGAAGUUUGCCAACACUCACCUGCGUUACUUUGGAGAGGGCCAGAAGUCCCUGGAAAAAUACAUUGAGGUGGAAAACACCUACAUCUGUGAAGCUUUCAAAGAGGAACAAGGAAGGCCAUUUAACCCCCAUAACAUCAUAACGAAUGGAGUGUGUAACAUCAUCUCGUCUGUGCUCUUCGGACAUCGCUUUGAGUACAGCGAUCAAAGCUUCCGCAGGAUUCUGGACUUGGACAAUGAGGCUAUUAGGUUAGCUGGCUUACCUCAGACUCAGCUGUAUGAUGCCUUCCCUGGUGUGCUGAAGUACCUGCCAGGACCUCACCAGACUGUGUUAAAGAACUACUCGGAGAUCUUGGCUUUCCUGAGAUAA